AUGGUGGAAUACAACAAAUAUAUACUCCGUAUUUUGUUUUUGUUAACAUUGCAUAAGAACGUGGAAGCUUCCUGCUAUUACUACUACAAUGGAUAUAGAGACAUCCAAUAUUGCUACUACAGUCCAUAUUUAAUUAUACUUGGUGCUUCCUACGGAUCUUUGAUCGGGCUCGGUAUUCUUGUAAGCCUUAUCGUCUGCUGUUGUUGUAUCCAUAAGAAAAACAGGGAAUGGAAUGACGGAACAUUCAUUGUUCAAGCUGUGCCAGGAACAAAUAACCCAGGUGCUUUUCCAUCUGGAAAUUACCCGAUCCAGCAACCUUUGAUGGCUAGUGCACAGGGCAUUCAAAACCCUUAUAUCAUGAUGGGACAGACACAUUAUGGAAGUUCCCAAAGGCAAGAAACAGUACCUGUAAAUUUCCAAACAACAAGUUUGGGUGCUGGAGCAAAUCCUGCAGGGACAGUCCAGCCAGAGAGCAAAUAAAAAGAA